AUGCCUUUCUUACAGCAGCGCCCCCACAACUACAACAACCCAGCCUACCUUCCAAACGGUGCUGCCGGAGGCCACUCUGGUAUACCUGGAGCUGCGCCUUUACUCCCUAACAAUGGCAGAGUUAUACAGACCGGGGGAGUUAGAGUUCUUUGCGUAGCAGAUGUGCGAGGUGAGAUGGAACCGAAGCAGCGCGGUCAAAGAAAUCUGAGAUCUCUAAAUGAACUGGCGAAACAAGCACGCGCGGAUCACAUCAUUCAUACUGGAGACUUUGGUUUCUACGAUAGCACGUCACUGGAUCGUAUUGCGGACAAAACCCUUAAGCACGUCGCCCAAUAUUCACCGCUCAUCUCAGAAAAUGUGAAGAAGGCUAUCAGCGCACCAGGCGGUCCAGUCAAGCAACGCUUCCAGCCCAGUGAACUUCCUCUAUCCGAGCUACCACAAUUCCUGGACGGAAGCCUGAAGCUCGAUGUUCCAGUCUACACAGUUUGGGGUGCAUGUGAAGAUGUGCGAGUAUUGGAGAAGUUCCGGUCCAAAGAAUACAAGGUCAAUAAGCUCCAUAUCAUCGACGAGAACCAGUCCAUGCUGUUGGAGAUCGGUGGCGUAAAGUUGAGGUUGCUUGGUCUUGGUGGCGCGGUGGUAAUGCAUAAGCUGUUCGAUAAUGGUGAGGGAAGAACUACGAUCGCGGGAGGUCAAGGCACUAUGUGGACAACACUCUUACAGAUGGGCGAACUCGUUGAUGUUGCGAACCGAGUCUACGAUCCUACGGAAACACGUAUAUUCAUCACCCACGCAUCUCCAGCCCGUGAGGGUCUCCUGAACCAACUGUCUGUCACCCUUAAGGCCGAUUUCUCGAUCUCCGCAGGCCUACAUUUCCGAUAUGGUAGUUCGUAUAAUGAAUUCAGCGUCAAUCCCACUUUGGAUCAUUACCGUGGAAAGCUAGCUGCUUCAAAGGCAUCUUUCAAUGAUGUAUGGGAGACUGUCAAGGGGGAGGUUCAGCCUGCCAUUUCGCAAAAUGAGGCGCAGCAAAACUUGCUAAAUAAUGCAAUUGGAGUAGUCGACAAGAUGCCCAGCACUGCUCUUGGUGGAAAUCCGUUUGGCGGUCCUGUUGGGGGAGCGAAUGCUGGUGCCGCUGGACAGGUUGACGAAAGUGCCUUCAAGAACAUGUGGAAUUUCAAUUUGGCUGAUGCGGCUUUUGGAUGGUUAGUUCUAGAGGUUCAGGACGGUAGAAUUGGUACCGAGAUGAGAGCUCAAGGUUUCAACUUUGCCCACCGAGGAGCCAAGCAAGGCCAUGCAAAUCAACCCCCUCAACAGCUUUCUCAAGCCCCGUCGACUGGAACUGGAACCCCUGGCUCAAGCAAUGCUCUCGUAGCAUCUGCUCCAACAGGUCCGGCACAACGAAAUCCUGCGGCGCCUAUUGCGGCGCCUGCUCCAUUCAACCAAGGACAGCGUGGCCAACAGAACCAAACACAACCCAGAGGCCCCCCUAGCGACUCGCCAGCUCCUAAGCCAGCUACGCCCCAACCUCAAUCUAAUGUUGUCAACCUCCCCACUUCCAACAAAGAAAAUGAGAAGACCGGCACACCAGCUGCCACAAACGGAACGGCUAAUGGUACAGCUGAUGCUUCAUCGCCUGGACCGAAGAAUCAGACGGAGCCAAUUAUUGGUCUUUUUGUCAUGAACGUUACUUCGGAUGAGGCCGUCCAAGAAUUGUUCAAAGAGGAAGAUAAGGCCAAGAUUGUCCGCAUUGAUAAGUGGGGCCAAUCGAACAAGGUGGUUGUCUUCAAGACUACAGAAGAGAGAGACAGCAUUCUUGCCAAUCUCCCAGAUGAUGUCAAGUCACGAUCAAGUGAAGACAGAAGUCGGCCACUGGUCAAGAUCUUCCAGCAAAGAGAGAACAAGACAUUUGCCGGAAACCGUGGCGGAGCCGGCACAUGGGCCAGCAGCAGAGGUGGUAGUUCAAACACUCCACAGGGCGGAUACCGAAGCAGUGGCGGUGGUGCAAGUGAUAGCGAAGGUGGACGCGGCGGCCGUGGAGGUCGUGGAGCACCAAGGGGUGGACGAGGUGGUGAGGGACGUGGUCGAGGACGUGGCCGAGGAUUCAAAACCGAGUCUUCUCCAGCACCAGCGAGCGCGACCCCAGCCGCUGGUGAUGCCUAA